AUGCCUGAAGAAUGCACUCUGAAUGCACUGAAGAAAUGCGGUGAAGGAUGCGGCACGGAUAGAAUGCCGGGAUGUGCGUGGGCUAGCAUGUUGAGGAUGGACGACAGCGAAGACGAUUUCGUCGUGGAGGACUCGGAGGAGGAGUCAGAAGACUCGCUGUCCGAGUCCGACCAUGAGGACCUGAGCCCUUCAGCAACAGCCAAAUGGAUCCCACAGGGUGCCCCGCCCUGCGAGUACGGACUCAAGUGCGUUCGGAACAAUCCUUCGCACUUCGACUCCUGCUCUCACCCUCCACUCCACGCACAUUUCAAGGCGAAGGCCGCUGCAGGCUCCUCGGCGAGUGGAUCGCAGGAUCAAGGAGGAGUAAGCACAAGGACAGGUGCAGGUGCCGGGGCAGGAGGGGCAGGAGGGGCAGGAGGGGCAGGGGCAGACGCAGGAGGGAGCAUUACGUGGAUUCCUUCGGGGCUGAUCAAGUGCAAAUACGGGCUUGACUGCAAGCGGAUGAAUCCGAAUCACUUCUUGCAGGAGAGCCACCCUUCUUCGCAUCCAAGAGCAGCACAUGCUCCCGCAAGCUCUCCUAGUGAAGAGUACCUGCCCAAGGACAAGCCCAGAUGCCAAUUUGGGUCGAGCUGCUACAGAAACAACCCCACGCACUUCCAGGAGUUCAGCCACCCAGCCAACCAUGAAGCGCUGAUCAAACAUGGCAUCGUUCCCCCGGCGAGCACAAACGCAGCUGCCCCAAGUGCACGGAAGGUUGAGAGAGAUGCAGGGAGGGAGGAGGAGGAAGCGACAGCGAGGAGUGCGACGGAGAGGCCAUCACAAGAAUCCAAGAAAGAGGAGAAGCAAGAGGAAGCUCAUGACGCGGCAAGGUCCCAUGACAUCAACGUGGAGGAGCGCAACGAUCACACGGAGUCUCUAGCGAAGGUGACCCAUGUGAACUCGAAGGAAGUCACCAGUGCGAAGAGAAGCAUCUGCCAAGUCAAUGAUCAUGUUCAGAAAGACGAAGAAACACCAGCAAAGAAGAUCAAGAUUGAUGCGUGCGUGAGCUCGAGAGAGUCUGUAAGCUCCAGAAAAAUCGAUGUGAGCCAAGGCGAUGAAAGAAAAUUCUCUCACGGCAAGGUCGACACAGGGACAGCAACCUCGAUCUCCCACGAGCAAUCGACCAGGCCCGACCGUCCUGUCGAGAAAGAGGAUGAGCAAGAUGUGAGAGGAAAGGGAAAAGCAGACAGGAGCAGCCAGGAUCUCUCGUCCUCAGGAGAGCACGCACAACCUAGUUCAACAUCCAGUGACAUCAGAGCCGGCCUCGAAGACAAAGAGGAGAAGAUUGAGAAGAAGACCUUCCCCCUCAACAUCAUCUACGACCUUGCAUCUCUCUCUGACACCAGCGCGGCCUCUUGCAGAUCGAUUGCCUUCCCCCUCCUAUGCUGCUGCCCUCUGCUGAAAUGCGAACCCCUCCUCGCCGCAAGAGUUGCGAUGCAGUCCAUCAAGAGGUUCCUCGAGAGUCAUGCAGGAGACAAGAAGAUCAAGCUCUACCUCGUCUGCGACCACGACAAGAACCUGAUCGAUGCACUUCAGCAAGAGUGCAUCAUCUCCGACGAAAGAUUCAUCGUCAUCGUCUCCUCAGAUCCCCAGGCCAUCGUCUCUCUCGGUCAGCACGACGCUUCCUGCAAGUCACUUGCUGUUGAAACCGACAAGCUCUUCGUGCGAGGCAAACGUCCAUCAAGAGGUCGAGCUGGAGUUGUCUUCGAUGCCAGCGGUCCCCUCAACUCCCCGGGUUACCUAGGAAAGGCCACGUCAUCCCAGUAUGCCGGACACGGACAUGGCGUGCUGGGCGACGCGUACGCAGUCAAGCUGCAUGCCAGCUCGCCUCUCUACAGCAAGCAGAAAUGCCACAAGGGUAAGGUGGAGCUGGUCAGCGUCGGCGAGCAUGGAGGUAGCGGGAGAUGCUCGCAUGGCGGCGGUGGAGCAAGAGCGGCGGCAGGUAAGGUGGAGCUGGUCAGCGUCGGCGAGCAUGGAGGUAGCGGGAGAUGCUCGCAUGGCGGCGGUGGAGCAAGAGCGGCGGCAGGUAAGGUGGAGCUGGUCAGCGUCGGCGAGCAUGGAGGUAGCGGGAGAUGCUCGCAUGGCGGCGGUGGAGCAAGAGCGGCGGCAGGAGGCACAUCAGGUUGA